AUGAGCCACACGCAACUGUCAAGCAGUUGCUCAUAUACUACACGAGUGCAGCAUCGUCUACGUCUAGUCAAUAAUUGUUUUGUAAAACAAUGUUUGUGAAAUUAAAUUCGUAAAAUAAGAAAUCUAAUGCGGCGCAUUUAUUCCGCGGCCCACACACACAUUAUGUCAAAAAAUAAGGGGAAAGGAAAAUCAGCGACUGCUGCCAAUGUCACAGUGGCACCGGCAGCAACAAACACACCGGUCACACUGGACAAGAGUGGCAACAUUGCCAUUAAAAUACUGGCUAAACCGGGCGCCAAGCAAAACGGGAUAACCGACAUAGGUUUGGAAGGCGUUGGUGUCCAGAUUGCAGCGCCACCCAGUGAAGGAGAAGCCAAUGCUGAGCUGGUGAAAUUCCUAUCAAAAGUCUUAGGGCUUCGCAAAAGUGACGUCUCCCUUGACAAAGGUUCCCGGUCGCGUAACAAAGUGAUACUCAUCAGCAAAGGCGUCUCAACAGUGGAGACGAUAGAGCAGUUGUUGCGAAAGGAAUGCGAUUCAUAGACUAACCAUAUUCUUCUGUUCACCCAUUAAUAUUGACAACCCAGUAAAUAAAAUACAUAAUUUUGAUUCAAACAUAAUUUGCUUGUUUAAUUUGUAGUUUUUUUUAUCAUCGAUCAUCCAACCUUAUUACAUAUUCCAUUUUUUUUAUAUCUAAUGUGUAUGUAGUCUUUGUAUUUUUGUUUUUCAUUACAUAAAUUACUUGGAUGCUAAAUUAGAAAUUUCUUAUAAACGACAACUGCUCUCUCUUAGUGAAUGAUUAUUGGAUCCUAACAUUACAUAUGUUGCUUGUAUUUGUUUAUGUAAAUGUUUGUUUUUAUGUAAAUGAGUAAGCGUAUUUAUGCCGCCUAGAACGCGACAAAACGUAAAUACAAAUUACAAUGUAUGUAUAAACCGAAUAUUAAAUGAACUGUUUGUCAAGAGUAACCACAUAAAGCGGUUCCAACUAAGGAAAUGAGAAAUGUGAUCAACUUCAAAUAAUUUCGGAUGUAAUUUUGUGGAUGGGGUGGUGGGGAUGUUCUUGAUGGUGAGAUAAUGUAUCUUUCCGGCCAAUCUUAUGGUUUGUUUAAUCGACCUCCUCCAUGUGGGAUGCAUCCUCGGUGUCCUCAACAAGGGAUGGAGCAUCACCGGCGCUCUGGGCAUCCUCGGUGGUCAUAGGCUCAUCCUCAUCGAUGCCAAGACCCAGCUUGAUCAUGCGAUAGAUGCGGCUAGCAUGCACUUGAGGGCUGUCCAAGGAGAAGCCAGAGGACAACAGAGAGGUCUCGAACAGAAGGAUAACGAGAUCCUUAACGGCCUUGUCGUUCUUAUCGGCAUCGGCCUUCUGGCGGAGGGUCUCCACAAUUGGA